AUGGGAUGUUCAGAAUCUACGCAUUAUAAGUCUUCUCUAUAAAUGAGCCGAGACUCUACUCUAGACACGUGUAGAACAUCUCCAAAUAAAACUAAACCAAAGGAAGAUUUCCUAGAUUCAUACAACUUUGAGGAUUUUGAUACAUCUGAAUUAAACAUUGAUCAAUCAUGUUUUCAUUUCUAUGAUAUUAUUCUCCAAAGAGUUGUUACAGUCCCAAAAUUGAAGUCAAUAAGUAUGUCAACCAUUAUUUCAAGAAGAAGAGAUUAAAUUUGA